GCCCUCGCACUCCAUCUCAACAACACAUUUUGUUUUUACUUUGGAAAAGCCUAAAGUCUACAAAACGCAGUCCACCAUGUUUUUUUUACAGAUUCUAGUUUUGGAAACAGAAAACUGUAUGGAGAUCAAAUGUUUCAUCGAUGAGAAAUAUUUCAGAAUUUCGGACAAAAUCCAACUCGCUCCAUCUUCUCCCACUGCCGACCACUGGGCUUCCUCUCAUCGCCAUAUUUGGUAGUGAGUGGACCGCCAACCGGAUGUUUGACAUUUUUACAUCUGGUGAAAUAUCUGGCUCAUUGUUACGUCUAUUGUGACACUGUGGAGAUCCGCUUCAUCACUGUCGCAGAUCAGCCAAGAUGGCAAAUUUCGAAGAACAGCUCACUGGGGAAGAGAAGGUCCGCAUUGCGGCUAAUUUCGUCGUCCAUGCUCCACCUGGAGAAUUCAAUGAAGUCUUCAACGAUGUGCGGAUACUGCUCAACAAUGACAAUCUUCUCAGGGAGGGUGCAGCGCAAGCCUUUGCCCAGUACAACAUGGAUCAGUUCACCCUUGCCAAACUUGAAGGGUAUGAUGAUCAGGUACUGAUCACCGAGCAUGGAGACUUGGGCAACGGCCGUUUCUUUGACCCCCACAACAAGCAGUCAUUCAAGUUUGACCACCUGAGGAAGGAGGCCAGUGACACCCAGCCCCACGAGGGAGAGGAGUCUCUCAGACCGUGGAGAGAUGCGUGUGACAGCGCCCUGAGGGCCUACGUCAAGGAGCACUACCCCAGCGGCGUCUGCACUGUUUAUGGGAAAACUAUAGACGGCCAGCAAACCAUAAUUGCUUGCAUUGAAGGUCACCAAUUUCAACCAAAGAACUUCUGGAAUGGCCGUUGCAGGUCUGAAUGGAAGUUCAGUAUAUCCCAAUCUACAGCUCAAGUCGUUGGAAUCCUCAAAAUACAGGUACAUUACUAUGAGGAUGGAAAUGUGCAGCUGGUCAGCCACAAGGAUGUCCAGGAAUCACUCACAGUGAAUAAUGAGACUCAGACUGCAAAGGAGUUUGUGAAAAUCAUUGAGGAUGCAGAAAAUGAAUACCAGACGGCCAUCAGUGAAAAUUACCAGACCAUGUCUGACACCACGUUCAAAGCCUUACGCCGACAGCUUCCUGUCACCCGCACCAAGAUUGACUGGAACAAGAUCCUCAGCUACAAGAUUGGCAAGGAGAUGCAGAAUGCCUAGAGGACAGUGUGUCGGUCUGUCUCUGUGUGUUACUGCAAAGACAAAUCGCUUGAACGGGUGAAAUCAGAAAAGCAGAGGGUGGUCUCAUAAAAUUUGGUCUAAUGUGUCUAUUUAGUCUGUGUUGAAGAAUGCCAUGAUUUGAUGUCAGGAGUUACUGUUCUUCCUUCGCCACGUUACAAGGUGAUGCCUUAAUUUUAAGAGGACAUUUUGAUGGGUUGUUCAGCUCUGGCUCAUUUGCAACAACAAAAAUAUAAAAAAAAGAAAAUGCCUUUACUGACACUGAAAGUUUGAGUCAUUGGGUCAUCCCCUCCUGCCCGCAUACACUCACGCUUCAAAUUGUAGUCAUACCCCUCAGUUGGUUGUCUGGGUGCCACAGGUAGCAAUCUGUUUAAGCCUUGUAUGUAACCCUACAAGCGCUGGGAUUCAAACAAAUGCAGAUUAAUGACCUGUGUUUUGUGGUUGAUCUUUGGUUAAAUGUGAUUUCAGAUUGAGCUGAGCUACCAUCUGCUUCCUUGACGGCUUAUUUGAUCUCCGUUAAUGUCUGGGGAUAUUGCCUUUUAACAGCAUGCACACAGCGAAAGGUUUUUAAUCUGCGUUGGAUUGAAUUCUGACCUAUAUCAUUUUGUAUAGGUAUUGGCAAAUCUUUCUGUAACUCAAGGUCUCUUCUGAGUGCGGUGUGUACUCCGUUUAAUGACAAAAAUAUAGUGCACCUCCCCACCCCAAAGAAAAGACCCAAGUAACAGUUCUGUUCCAUCUUUCCCGUGGUAAAGAUAUGUACUUUGAACUGUUUGGAGAAAAAAAAAUUUGAAUUCAUCACACUGAAUGAAUCUUCAUUUCGCACACGGGGCAGGCCUAUGUGCUCGGCUCUGUGGUUUAAUCAAGCCUAAACAAGUACAGUACCAUCAGUAUCCUCUAUCAGUAAUUAGGCUACGUUAAUAUAUAAUACCUAUAUUCCCUUUACCUUUUUUAGCUUUUUCCUCUUUUUUUUUUUAAAUAUAAAAUGUAUAAUUAACAAAAGGAAUGAAGAAGUUGCACCAAAUGCAGUGCUGUAACUACUUUGAUCAUUAACUGUUAACCAUACUGUUUCCCAUCCCAGUGUCGAAAUAUUCUGAGUGGGAGAAAUUCAAAUCAGAAUUGGUGCCAAAUGUGUAAAUUCUGAAUAACACUGAAAAUACAGUAAAGGGACAAUUUGAAUAAAGACACACUAUUGUAUAUCACUUUAUAAUGAAGUACUUGAAAUGCACCUCUUGACUGUUUACAUAUGAAAUAUAACACAGAUUCAUUGUCUGUGUACUGGUACAUUUGUGUCCAAUGUGUAAAAGCAUUUUGGACAAUACACUAUUUUUGCCA